GGUUGCCUGGAGACGGCUUGGGACUCUGUUGCCUGGAGACAGCCUUUGGCCUGGCACCUGGUGAGCGUCUAGGGGGGAGGCGCUCUACUGACCGGACACAGCAGAGCCAACCAAGGCCAUGGCUGGACACCAGAAGGAGAAGGCGAUCACAGAUGAGGUCCACCAGAACCAGAUCCUGCGGGAACUGUACCUCAAAGAGCUACGAACCCAGAAACUCUACACGCAGUAUCACGUGAAUCCACUCCGCAAGGUUCACACAAUCACCAGAAAGCCCAUGUCUUGGCAUGAUAACCUGGAAGAACCUGCAGACGCCAGGUUUCUAAAUCUUAUCCACCACGCUGCCCAGGGACCAAGAAAGAAAUACCCAGAGACACAGACUGAAGGUCAAGAGAUCGGAUGGGAUUCUGAGCCUUUGGUCAACCCGCAACGUGAUGACCGCAGGCUGAAUCACUUCAGGGUCUACAAUGACAUCACCCUGUACAAGGCUAAAAUGUGGAGCUUGGGAGAAGACGAUCGCCACAAGUAGUAUUCCCUCAGCACUGGCAAUCCUUGUCAUUGAUGUCCGAAGUGUGUGCUGCCCAGGUAAAUAAAAACACUUUUACGCCUU